AAGUCAGUUUGCAAAAGAAAUUCGUGGCGCAAAGUGUGUGCCUAGAGGAGCACAGGAGAGUUUACAUACAUACCUCAAGGAUAUACCACAAGGACGAGAUCAAUGCAGCGAACACUGUUGCUACUGGCUAUGUCAGCCAUCCUGUUCUGUGCUGCAGUGGCUCUGCCCCCAAAGCUGUCCAAAUCCGAGGAGGAUUGGCUGGAGCAGAUGCUGGCGGAGAGCGAGGACAGCGGUGAGCUGCAGGACCUGGACGAGAGCAUCGGAAACCACAUCAGCAAACGAUCUACCGAGGAUUCCAGCAGCUCCUCUGAGGAGCACAAGGGCCAGCCCAAGGACAAGGCGACCAGUUCCUCCGAGGAGCAGACAACAGCACAUGCGAAGGAGGAAGCCACUACUACGGAACAGGCCGCUAGGAAACGCAGAAGCACGGAAGAUUCGAUGAUUAUAGCCUUUUGCCAGGCACUGGAAGGACUAGAUAUUAAGCACACCGAUCUUCAUGACCCCAUCGUACAAUUUUGUAAGCUAGGCGAGUCCAGAAGAAGGCGCCAGGCCACCGGAAACAUUUUCAGCAAGCUUGGCGAUCAGAAGAGCAGCGAGGAGCCGGUCCUGGAUGCCCAGGCUGAGAAGGAGCUGGACGAGGAGAUGGCGCGGGCUGCUGCGGAGCUUUUGAAGGACAAGGAUAACACCAGCAUCGAGGACUACGCCCAGGGAUGCGAGGUCAUGGAGGUCAGCUCCAAAGAGGCCAACGAAGCCACCUAUGUCGAAUGAUAUCUCUUGCAGAACUUGAUUUUAAAUAAACAUAAAUAACAUUCUAA